UGCCACGCGCGUGAUAGGAAGAGCCCAGUUCUCGACUCAUUCAAACUUUUUUUUUUUUGUAAACAUUGGUUUGGUUUUAUCGCGUUUCUGUGUCGGUGAGCAAUCGAGAAGGUAGUGACAGAUACCGAUACUCGACUGGACCGGGAAGUUUUGGUAUUUUGUUUUUAGUUUAACGCCAACUUCGGACGUUGCUCUUACGGUGAAUACGAGCUAACUCCGGGGCCAUUUCCUCGGCGCUGGAAUGGGCGUGUAGGAGUUAGCAAACACGUUAACUUUUUCUAGGAUGUUAACGGAGAUUUAAGCGCUUUUCCAUUAGUUUUUGGACACUUAAAAAAAAUAAUCGGUACCUUUCUUCUUUUAAGGUAGUGAAAAGUUUUUGUUUUUUGCGAGAAACGCCAUUGCGACAGUAGCGGGGGUCAAACCGCGUGAUUUUCUCGUCGACGAAGCAGGGGUUUAAAUCCUGAAAAUGUCGAGCUACAGUCGCCAUCGGCACGGAUCCCCCUCCCCGAAAACAAUGCCGAUUCGUCAAAAAUUACAGUUCACAUCCAGCGACGGGGAGGACGACCCCAUUGAGGACGUUAACAACAGCGCCGGAGCAGAGUCUGGCUUCACGGAGAUAGACUCCCCGAUGCCAGUGCGACGGGACACCUCCGACAAACGGCUGGACGGCAGCAGCAGCCCCCUGAACCAGUCCGGCGGGGAGGACUACGUGGAACUGUGGGACGAGGACAGCUUCGGCUCGCCAUCUCACCUGCGGUCCCCGAGAAGUGUUAUCUUUGCCAACUGCUCGCCGUCACCGAGGAAAAUUUCUCGGCUGUAUGGCGGGUCACCGGAGCAGUCCUACGUCCAGGACGACGGCGAGGGCUCCAGCUCCCCGAUCCCAGACUGCCCCGACACACCUCCGCACAAAACCUUCAGAAAACUCCGGCUUUUUGACACACCGCACACACCAAAGAGUUUGUUGUCCAGAGCCAGGGGCUCUGGCCCGGGAUCCUCCAGCAGGAGAGUCGCCCUGUUCAAGAAUGUGGAGCCUUCGGGAAAGUCAAUCACAGACAGCAACAGGAGACAGCAGACCCCUCUGGUCAACUUUAACCCCUUCACCCCCGACUCCCUCCUCAUCCAGUCUGCCACGCAGCAGAGAAACAACAGGAAGCGGGCACACUGGAAUGACUCUUGCGGAGAAGACAUGGAGGCAAGUGAUGGUGAGGGAGAGGAGGAGGUCCUCCCACCAUCCAAGAGGAUCACCAUGAUGGAAAGCAACAUGAUGUCCCGGUACACCUCCGAGUUCCUCGAGCUGGAGAAGAUCGGCUGCGGAGAGUUUGGUGCUGUGUUCAAGUGUGUGAAAAGACUAGACGGCUGCAUCUACGCCAUCAAGAGAUCGAAGAAGCCUUUGGCGGGAUCAGUAGAUGAGCAGAACGCCUUGCGGGAGGUGUAUGCCCACGCCGUGCUGGGCCAGCACCCCCACGUGGUGCGCUACUACUCGGCCUGGGCCGAGGACGACCACAUGCUCAUCCAGAACGAGUACUGCAACGGUGGCACACUGUCCGACGUCAUCGCAGAGAACUACAGACGGCUCAGCUACCUGACGGAGCUGGAGCUGAAAGAUCUGCUGCUACAAGUCACACGAGGACUCAAGUACAUCCACUCUACAUCUCUGGUGCACAUGGACAUCAAGCCCAGCAACAUCUUUAUUUCACGGAAAUCUGGGACAAGCUGUGGUGAAUGUGAUGAGGAUGAAGGUCUGACCACCAGCAUCGUCUACAAAAUCGGUGAUCUCGGUCAUGUGACAAGAGUGAACAAUCCACAAGUGGAGGAGGGGGACAGCAGAUACCUGGCCAACGAAGUUUUACAAGAGGACUACAGUAACUUGAUGAGGGCGGACAUCUUUGCUCUGGCUCUGACUGUUGUCAGCGCCUCGGGGGCGGAGCCUCUUCCCACAAAUGGAGACAAAUGGCACGAGAUCCGACAGGGGAAACUCCCCGCCAUCCCUCAAGUGCUUUCUCCAGAGUUUCUCAGUCUCCUCAAGCUGAUGAUCCACCCUGACCCGACCAGACGACCGUCAACUUCGGACCUCAUCAAACACCCGGUACUCCUCACCGCUGCCAGAAUGAGCGCGGACCAGCUCCGGGUUGAACUCAACGCCGAGAAGUUCAAGAACGCCCUGCUACAAAAGGAGCUGAAGAAGGCCCAGCUGGCCAGGGCUGCGGCAGAGGAGAAGGUUUUGUCCACCGAAAGGGUCCAAACCCGCUCCACAGUCCAGUCCAACCCCAGGACCUCCAGACUCAUCGGAAAGAAGAUGAAUCGGUCGGUCAGCCUCACCAUCUACUGAGACUUUUGAUGCACCCUGACAGGAAGUUGCCUCAUGGACCUUUUACUCAGACCUGUUUGGUUGAAGCGGUCGCUUGUUUUUCUAUUCGAGGAGGAACCCUGUCGGUCAUGGUGUCGGGGCUCCUCGACCCACUGAAGCUGUAGACUGUUGCCACGCCGAACUUGAACUCAUCUCUAUAAACUCUCAUUGCCAACAUAGUUCAGCCCUUUUUGCUGAUGGACUUUGGAAAAAGACACAAAAAAAAAACCCCAUUCCCCAAAGGUAGUUGCUGUACCUUUUUACACUCUGUCAUUCCUUAAGUUUGCAUAGACGUCGGGCGCUCUCACUGUCUCUGUCCUUGCACUUCCCUCGACAAAGCCGAAGCCUGUUGGCAGCGAAUCAAAGCUGCAGUGAAGCUCUCUUCAGUGUGAAUGUACUCGCUGUCGCCGUGUGCACCUUACUGCCUGUCAAAUGCCUGAUGCUGGGUACCAGAGGGUCUGAGAACUGACAAUUUCUGUGUUUGUAAUGGAGCACUUUGGAGGCAACAUGUGGAACUUGCCACAUUUUUUUUUUUUUUUUUUUUUUAAAGAUAAAACCUGCUGCUAUCGAUGUUUUGUACGUGUCAGGGUUUGGCCAAUUUCAGGUUGGAUCGUUCUAGAGGUCAUUCGCUCUUAUUUUCAAGUAGCAGGAGUCCCCCCCUACCCCCCCACACCUCCACACCCCACCUCCAUAUAAUGUCUUGUAUUCUUCUGCCCGGAUGGAAAAUGCCUCGUGCCGUUUUUGGGAAAUCAUCCCGCUUGUUUGAAGCACCAAAACCAGUGAGCUGACUCAUUAUCUGCGAGCUUAGAAUGGAUCCAUACUGUGUUGUUCUUUUUUUUUUUUUUUUCCCUGUUGAUUGGUGCUGCCAACCCUGCCUGUAGCAUUAGAACAAUCAUCGUCCCGUUCUUUGGAUUCUCACGUAUUCUGUUGUUUUUUAUUUUUAUUUCUUCUGUCAUUUCCAUGAGGCUCGUCUUCCGUUAGAAAAGUAUUCCUCAUCUCUUUGUUCUUAUAAUCUCUAACACAAAAAAAACCUUUGUUGUAACAUGUACAUAUGUUCUUUUAAUAAAUUCUC